AUGGCAUCAAAGGACCAGAGAAUGCCAGCAGGAUUGAUUCCAAUGAUUGUGUUGCUGUGGCUUUCAAGCUUCCAUUGUAUUGCCCAAGAGGAACCCAAAGGCUCUGCGGGUUGCUGCGGAGCUUGCUUCCAAGGCCCGGCCGGAACACCGGGUGUCCCUGGGAUCCCAGGAAAUCCAGGCGGAUUUGGGGUUCAAGGACCUCUUGGCCCCAAAGGUGACCCCGGACUUGGCCUCACUGGACCCAAGGGAGAGACCGGUGGCAAGGGACGGAAGGGCGAUCAAGGCGAGCCUGGAAUGCAGGGACCUCCGGGGAAGCAGGGACCUGCAGGUCGCAAGGGAGAUAUCGGUGAGGGGCAGAAAGGUAACCAGGGGGAGCAAGGAGUCCAAGGUCCGUCUGGUGAAAGGGGGCAAAAGGGCCAGCCAGGAGACGCUACCCUGGUGACACCAACACCGCCAUCUACUGUCGCAUUCAGCGCUUAUCGCACGUCAAGUGUAUCGAGCAGUGGUAGCGACACUAUCAUCUUUGAUAACAUCGAGACGAAUCUGGCCGAUGGGUACGAUUCGCAAUCGGGCGUGUUCACGUGCUCCAUUCCAGGCGCCUACUUCUUUACCGCUAGCUUUUUGAGUUUGACCAAUUCGAAUCGGCCCUAUGUAAAGCUGAAAAAGAAUGACGAAAUUGCAUUUGCAAUCUAUGAAGGUCAGCCUGGCUAUCACCAUCAGUCCAGCAAUUCGGCAAUUGUCGUUUUGGCGACUGGAGAUAGAGUCUGGCUUGAGUUUGGCGAUAGAAAUAACAGAGGUAUUUAUUGCGAACAAGGCAAUCGUUAUUGCUGUUUCUCCGGAUUCAUGAUCAAUUCAUUUUAGGUCUAAUCACGUAGGAUAAACGUUUUUAGUUGCGUUGUGAGUCAUUGCACCAUUCAGCCUGCUAUGAAAGCUCUUUUAUAAAAAGAUGGGGUUCUGUUUUGAGUAUAUUGUCUGCAUGGGUAAAUAGUCUUAAAUUUUAAAGAUGGAAUUUAAAGUACCGUCAGAGAGAAAGUCGUGCAUAAUACAAGGCCUAGGCUUACUUUGACCUUUGAAUAUGCCAAACGAACUAAAGUUUGAACAAAUAUUGAUAAGGAAUGUACUUAACAAAUAUUUAUUCACGAUGUAGUAGACAACACGGCCAAGAUGGAUAUAGGCAUCAAUCUCUUUAAGUAUAAUCAUAUGCUAAUGAGAAAGAGAAAAAAAUGAGGCUUAUUACGUUUUAAUUUACAAAGAGUACAGUUUAAAAAUGGAAUUCCGUCACUUGAGAGAAAAGAACUAAACGAACUAAAGUUUGAACAAAUAUUGAUCAGGAAUGUACUAAACAAAUAUGUAUUCACGAUGUAACCAAGAUUGAUAAAGGCAUCAAUCUCUUUAAGUAUAAUCAGAUGCUUAUGAGAAAGAGAAAAGAAAAAAAACAUUGAGGUUUAUAACGGUUUUAUUUUUCAAAGAGUACGGUUUUAAAAUGGAAUUCCGUCACUUGAGAAUAAAUCUUCAAAAUAUAACCCUUCAGCAACCUACACAAUUCCAACCAUCAUAUACCUGUAAGCAAUUCCUUAUUGUUUAAAGUCGACACUGGAACCCUUCGCUGUGUGAUUGUGCUCUAAAAGCAAGUCCGGUUUGCAUCUUCCUUUUUUUUUAAUAACUCAUAAAAUUGUUUGGUCCAAAAAUUCAUAUUUCACAAGUUCCUCAAUCAAACGUAGCCACAAAAUAUUUUGAGUGCCCCUUGCAAUGGAAAGACGACAACAACUUUCAGUGAGAUAAUUAAUUCCAGACCGGUCAUUUUAAAAUAUUGUUUAUUUUUAAAGGGAAGUAUCAAUACAGAGUCAGCUCUUCAAACAACUUUCGAAGGCAGUUUGAAUAAAAAUCGCAGAAUCCAUUUUUAA